AUGAACACAACCGAGUGCUUAUGGUGUCAUCAAAGCCUCGAAAACUCUGUCUCUACGUACUUUCCGGAGGGUUUGGUAUUCACUGAGAAGAAUCUCUACGUAGAGACGGAUGAGCCUUACUACACCGCCUGCGAUCAGCAUCUGUGUAAUCUCAAGUCGAAGUGGACAGUAGUCAUUACGAUGAAACGAGUCGUUUUGGAAGCCGAAGAGAUGUUGGAGAAGGCCCGCCAAGUCCAGAGGGAGUGGGAGCAAAUCAACGACCAGACGACGAAGAUAUCGUCGCCGGCGAUCUACAGAAAGGUGUUGGAAUAUGCACUUCGGUGCACGGACGGGCGGAGUUGGGUAGUCACGCCGGAGACGGGACGACCGGAGGCGGCGGAGGACGUUUCGAUCCCGGUUCGGGUGGUGGAGGCAUGUCGCGAAAUAGUGGGGAGCAAGCCCUUGAAGGGUGAGGUGGAGAUCCUUGUUGCGGAUGAGUUUACUCCGACGUUGAGUGAGAUUCCUAUUGCCAAAUCCAUAAGGAAGCAUGACUUCUCCAAAAAAGUUUCCUGUGACGAUUGUGGUCGGCAUGAGAAUCUUUGGUUGAAUUUGGCAGACGGGUAUGUCGGUUGUGGAAGGAAACAGUAUGGCUUAGAGGGUAGUGGGUGUCAAAACGGCCUGGAGGGUGCAGCUAUACGACAUUGGGAGCAAUGUAAGGAGAACCAUGUCGGUUUAAAAUUGGGAACUUUGACGUCUGUGAAUGCGGAGCUCUACUCUUAUUCCUUUGACACACCUGUCAAUGUUCCACGACAGCUACUUGACGCCUGCUUGAAAACAUUUGGUCUAGAUCGAGAAAUGUGGUCGGAGAAUGCUCAUGAAAAAAGUUUGGCUGAACUUGCGGCAGAUGCGAACAAGAAUCUCAGUAUUUCUCAAGGAUUUGGCAAAGAACAAAUGGUCAAUAAUGAAGGUGUACUGGGCAUGCAGAAUCUUGGCAAUACAUGCUAUAUCUCGUGUAUAGUACAUUGUCUAAAACUUAUCAAUUUAUAUGAGACUAAUGACCUCGUAAAAGGAGAGGAUAGACGAGAUGAAAGCGUUGCUUCCGCUUUGAAUAUAUUGAUCCAUACUCUCUUGACCACUGAGCCGGAUGUGAAGUAUGCUAGGGAAUAUGGUCAGGUCUUUUCGAAAACUAUGAAGGCUCUUAGGGACCUGGUGGGUAAGACUGUUGCGGAUCCGUCAAGUUCGGAUCCCUCACGCGCGGAUCCGUCAAGCUCGGAUGCCUCACGGGCGGAUGCCUCAGGUGACUACGGGAAAGUAUUUGAAGGAAGCCAUUUUGAUGAAACUUAUCACUAUGGUGCUCCUAAGCCUCUGUUUUUGAAGAGACUGAUUGGUUAUAAGUAUCACUCAUUCAAUAAUAACGAACAACAGGAUGCUGAAGAAUACUUCCAGCUUCUUGUUAAUGAGCUUCCACAACAGAUAUUGAAAUUGUUCCUUUUAGAAGGAGCGGAAAACAUUUCAUCAUCUCCAAACCCUUUCCAUUCUCCUCUUCUAGAUGUCAUGAUAUCGAGAUCUUUACAAAUUGAGUGCUGUCAGAAUGAGGGGAAAACAAUUGAUUUCAAUGACUUAAUAUUGAACUGUGAUAAACAAAUUUCGCAUUACCCUAAAUUCAUGUUUGUUGUCGUUCGAAGAAUGACACAGAUAGAUACGGAUAAUAGGAAGCUCAACAAUCUGAUUACUGGACAAUUUCUGGAAUACGAUUUCGGUAACCUUAAGAUGACUGAGGAAACCUCCGGAUCUCUCAAACCGGAAAACUCAACAGGAUUAUCGGAACAAAUUAUCAACGAAGCGGCAGCCCUCGGAUUUUCAGCUAAUCAAUGUCAGAUCGCCGCUCGAAAGUUGGGUCAGCCUAUCACAUUAGAAGCUUUGGCCAGCUAUAUUCUGGAUAACCCCGAUAUUAUGUCUGAUGAUAUAACUGAACGAAUCACUAUGGUUAUGAGUAUGGGAUAUAGUAAGGAUCAAGCUGAGAUUGCACUUAACGCUUGUAAUGGUAAUAUAGAGGACGCUGUUAAUCAUUUACUGAUCCAUAACGGGGAGGUAGGUCAAAAUUCAUGCAACGAUACUCCCUACACCGGAAGUACUAAGUACACCCUCAUCGCCACUGUGAACCAUACAGGCUCCAGCCUUCACGCGGGUCACUACUUCGUGAUGAAUCGAUACCCUACCGGUAAAUGGUACCAUAUCAACGAUGAGUACGUUAAGACCAUUGAUGACGAGGACACACUAACGGACGCCAUUGGGUCAGCUUAUCUUUUGUUGUAUAAGAGACUCGACUAA